GGCUCAUUCAUUCCAGUAAAACGGUGUAAAAAAAAAGCUGCCUCUAAUUUUGCUUGAAGGAUCGUUCGUCAAAUUCUCUCUGCAGUCAUGAUUGAACCUAAGAAGCGACCAGCGGAUAUGGCGGUUGUUCCUGCGGGAGUGAAGAGGCCUCGUAACGAACUGGUCGCCGCGGCUCAGACACAGCAGCUUGCAACUAUGGGCCCUCCGCGCAGCUCCAGUCUUCAGGCUCCCAUAAUGUUGUUGUCCGGUCACGAGGGAGAAGUGUACUGCUGCAAGUUUCACCCUAACGGUGCUACACUGGCCUCUGCAGGAUUCGACCGCCUCAUCUUGCUGUGGAGUGUGUAUGGAGAUUGUGAGAACUUUGCUACUCUGAAAGGCCACAGUGGAGCUGUAAUGGAGCUGCAUUACAACACAGAUGGCAGCUUGCUGUUCUCAGCCAGCACGGAUAAGACAGUGUGUGUGUGGGACAGUGAGACUGGUGAGCGCGUGAAACGUUUGAAAGGUCACACCUCCUUUGUGAACUCCUGUUUUCCCGCCCGCCGCGGCCCACAGUUGGCCUGCACCGGCAGUGACGACGGAACCGUGAAGCUGUGGGACAUUCGGAAGAAGGCUUCAGUCCACACCUUUCAGAACACGUACCAAGUUCUGAGCGUGACCUUCAAUGACACCAGCGACCAGAUCAUCUCAGGGGGGAUUGAUAAUGACAUCAAGGUGUGGGACCUAAGGCAGAAUAAACUCAUUUACAGUAUGCAGGGACAUGGAGACUCAGUGACUGGACUCAGUCUGAGUUCAGAGGGAUCUUACCUACUGUCCAACUCCAUGGACAACACCGUGCGUGUGUGGGAUAUUCGUCCGUUCGCGCCCAAAGAAAGAUGUGUGAAGAUUUUCCAGGGAAAUGUCCAUAACUUUGAGAAGAAUCUUCUGCGAUGCGCAUGGUCUCCAGAUGGGAGUAAAAUCGCAGCUGGCUCUGCUGACCGGUUUGUUUACGUUUGGGACACAACGUCUCGCAGGAUUCUGUAUAAGCUGCCUGGACACGCAGGAUCUGUGAAUGAGGUGGUUUUCCACCCAGAGGAACCUAUUGUUCUCUCUGGCUCCAGUGACAAACGCCUCUACAUGGGUGAAAUCCAGUAGCAGCAACAGUGUGUCUGUGUGUGUGUGUGUGUGUAUGUGUGAGAGAGAGAGAGAGAGAGCUUGAGUGUGUAUGACAGACACUUUAGAGGCUCAGGUGUUCGGUUGAAACCAGUGGCGAUGUG